AUGUCUAUAGCUCCGAUCAUCACGUUUAAGGCCGGCAUCUGUGACGUUGACCAAUCAACGGCGCAGCCGUACAAAGUGAAGCCACGCCAGACCCCGGGCUACAUUUAUCUCUAUCUUGAGGAUGAGCUCGUCCAUUUCUGUUGGAGGGAGCGCAGCGCACCCCUCGACAACCCCGAACUAGACCUCGUAAUGGUCCCAACCGAUGGCCGUUUCGUCCCCUACACGAAUGAGAAUCCCAGCGCAAAGACCAACGGCCGUAUUUUCGUCCUCAAAUUCUCCUCCUCCUCCCUGCGACAUCUCUUCUGGCUCCAGUCCAAGCCCCAGGCCCGGAAUGGCGACCCUAGUUGGCUAAGCCCCCGCGAUCGUAAGAUUGGCGAGAUCGUUGAUGCUCUUCUACAAGGCGAGGAUGUCGAUAUUUCCCAGGAGCUAGCCUCCGUCAUUAAUACCGAUGACCGCGAUGAUGAUGAUGAUGAAACGAUGGAAGACGUCGAAGGAACCCGAGGUCGCCACGACCACAGCCGGGGAGGAGGCGGUGGUGCUGGACCUGAUGCCACAGGGGGGGACGUCCGAGAAGAAGGCCAAAGCGCUCGGGAGGGUGGUGCUGACGGCGCGAGAGCAGCCGCCUCAUACUCUACCGAAGAUGCAUCUGCCGCCGUAAGGAACCUUUUGAACUCCCUGUCCGGAGCGCCAGGGCUUGGCCAACAAGAAGAGAAAGAUGCAUAUCCUUAUUUGACCCAUCUCCUUCCGAAGGAGGCGACCCUGCCAGUGAUCGAAUCGGCGACGGAGGAUUAUGUGGACAGUCUCUUGAGCUUCCUGCCCCCGGCUGUCAUCAUGCUCGCAGCUGGCUCCGGGACAGCUGCUUCCGUAGCCGAUCCUUCUCUUGAUGACUUGGCAGCGGCGCGUGCGUCGCUGACCCAAGGGGAUAAGAAGGCUCUUCUCAACAAGGUUCUGCGCAGCCCCCAAUUUCACCAGUCGCUCGCAAGUUUGUCCUUGGCACUCAAGGAUGGCGGUCUUCCCGGUAUUGCAGAUGCCCUUGGCAUCAGUGUAGCAAACGGUGGUUAUAUUCGAGGAGGGGGUAUGCCCAUGGGAGGAGAUGAAGCCAUCCAGGCCUUUGUUGAAGGGGUGAAGAAGACGGUGGAAGAAAAGUAG